GCUCGUGCAGGUUCUCAUAGAAACGGACGUAGAAUAUACGAGAGUGGACAGCUUGUUUGUUUGGCUGAACACAGUUGAUGAUCGGAAUCAAGGAUCUACAGAGUAACAUUCUUCAGAAUAGCAGUAAGUCACAAAAACCGCCAGAAAGAAAGGUUAUAUCAUACUUUCAAAGUUUAAGUUUGCAAUACUGUCCUUGGAUCAAAGUAGGAAUCACAAACAACCUGAUCGCAACCGUUCAGCUUGCUAUAGGGAAGCAAAAGGCAACAGACUGAGAAGAAAAAUGUUUUUGAAGCAAGUGAACAGUUACCUCACUAAACACUUUCUAUGUCUCAUCAUCUUAUCAUGCUUCCGACAAAUUCAUGGAACAACUGACCGUGUAAGCCCUCGAGUUAUAAUGACGAAGUAUGGCUCCUUGAAAGGAAUAAUCCGGGAAUUAGCAAACAAGGACCUUCAACCAGUUGAAAUUUUUUACGGUAUCCCCUACGCAAGUGCCCCAGUGGGUUCUUUAAGAUUUAUGCCGCCCGUUACUCCACCUCACUGGCGAAAUAUCCGGACAGCUUCAAGCCUCGGUCCAGUCUGUCCACAGAAGUUUCCGGAUAUCAGGAACCACACGGAAGCCCUGAAGAGGAUGCCCCCCGAAAGGCUUGCUUAUCUGCAUCGCCUCAUUCCAUUCUUAAACAGCCAGAGUGAAGACUGCCUGUAUUUAAACAUAUACGCACCUUCCAUACUUCUUCACAAAAACGUGAAAGUUCCAGUAAUAGUUUUCAUUCAAGGAGAGUCUUACGAUUGGAAUUCUGGGAAUGCAUAUGACGGCAGUGUUAUUUCAAGCUUAGCUAGUAUUAUCGUCAUCACUUUCAACUUUCGCCUUGGGAUCUUAGGGUUCUUACCAGCAUUAGAAGAAGUUACUCGUGGUAACAAUGGCUUAAUGGAUCAAGUGGCUGCUCUCCACUGGAUUCAGGAAAAUAUCGCAGAAUUUGGUGGAGAUAUUCAUAACGUUACAAUCAUAGGACAUGGUCAUGGAGCAGCAUUCGUGAAUUUACUGAUGAUUUCGCCAAUGGCAAAAGGGUUAUUCCACCGUGGCGUCAUGCACAGUGGGUCGGCACUGAGUCCGUGGGCAAUAGCCAGACAGGCUCCGGUGUUCACUCGGCAGUUGGCUAGUAAGUUGAAGUGCCCGACAAAAAGCAAUGUCAACAUGGUAUACUGUCUAAGAGAUCGACCUAUAGAACAAAUAUUGAACGUUCAGUUAGCUGUUCCAGACUAUCUUACAGCAUUUGGACCAACCAUUGACGGAAUUGUUAUACCGAAUGAGCCUGAAGUCUUGAUGGGGGAUCACAAUAACCUAUACAAUCAAUACGAUCUUCUGCUUGGGGUGUCGAGAAUGGAAUUCUAUUUUCAGUUUUCGGCAAAUGAGGAGCGUUAUGGUAUAGGAGAAGAUCGCCGGAAUAGACUGUUCCAAACAUUAGUUGGGAAUAUAUAUACAUAUCAUUUACAAGAAAUAUUUUAUGUAUUAGAAAACGAAUAUACAGACUGGGAGAGAGCUGUAGAACAUCCCAUCAACAUUCUUGAAAAUACAGCAGAUGCCAUUAGCGAUGGUCUCGUAGUGGGGCCAUUAUUUAAGGCCGCAAAGUACCGCGCCAAAGGAAGCAAGAAAACGUUUGUUUUCGUUUUCGGUCAUCAAACUGAAAACUCCGAAUAUCCUAAGAGGUAUGGAUGCAUUCACGGAGAAGACCUUCCUUAUGUUUUUGGUGUUCCUCUAGUCGGAAAACUUGCACAUUUCCAACAUAAUUAUUCGCGCUCAGAGACUUCUUUAGCCCAAGCUGUCGUCUUGUACUGGACCAGUUUUGCAAAGAAAGGUGACCCCAACAUUCCAGAAGAUGAAGAAGAAGACGUUUUUGUUGACAGAAUUGGUGAUCGGUUCGAGCGCAUUGAGUGGCCAACGUUUGACAACAUUCGUCAAAAAUACUUAAGUUUAGGAAUCAAACCAAAAAUUCGUGAUCACUAUCGUGCCCAUCAACUUUCUUUUUGGAACAACCUAAUUCCUAAACUUCACCGAAGUGGUUCAGGAACGCCCCCUCACUACAGUUUCUUUGAAGGCCACGAUAACUCACACAGAUACGAUGAAGUCGCAGCUCUUCCUUCUGAUUUAGUAGCUUCAACACCCAAAGAUAAUUCUUAUUCUGUCGAAGUCUCUAGUGCUUCUACUCUUUUCAACGUUAAUUUGUUCUUUGUUACCUCUAGUGGACCGUCGACUACUCCUCCGGUUGAGACCACUCCUGGAGUAGACCCAAACUAUUCUACUGCCACAACCCACCUGUCUGAACAAAGCACUUACUCUACAGCUCUCAGUGUUACCAUUGCAGUUGGAUGUUCGCUACUCAUUCUUAAUGUUUUAAUUUUUACAGGAAUGUUUUAUCAAAAAGAUAAAAGUAGACUUGAAGUCAAGCUUCAGACACAUAAUUACAAGAUGAAAAUGACACAAGAAACUGAUAACCUCGCAAGUUUUCAACAUAAACAAGUGUCUCGUGUUCCUCCUUUAUCCCCGUCCAGUCAAGAGCUUCCCCCUCCUCCUCCCGCCCCUCUAAUUACACCCAUAAAAAUACCACCCAAGCCUAUCUAUGCUACUCUUGAAGAAAAACCUGUGCCUGAAGCUCAGCCUCUGCUUUACCAUAGUUGCCGCAGGAUGGCACCACCUUCAAGGUCCAGUACAGAAGAAAUGAGAGUGUAAAAUGCCCGGUUAUUGUCAGCUGCUUAGAUAUUAGAAACCUUUGUAAGUUAAGUUGUCGUCAAAAAGCUCUAGAGAUGUGUCAAGCCUAUACUGAGUUCGUAAGUGCGUUUUAGGAGACACUAGUCAUAGCACCAGCUAUUAGCGAACAGUAUGGGUCUAUUUGGAUUAUCAAUUUCAAAAUAUAUUCAUGUAUGUUUAUGACAUAUGUAUCUUGAAAAGUAAUGGAUUUAUUUUGUGGAAUCUAGAUAAAAAUAAUAGUGUUUACUGAAUCAUAAUGGUCAAUUUUCGGGCAAAAGAAUAGAAGGGAAGAGUUCAGAAGAAGAGCAAUGCACGAGUGUAAUGAUAAACAAGAAUAUAGGAAAUGGCUGAUGAGUAUGUUCAAGUGCUGUUACUUUCCACCAUAAUAAAGAAACAUAUUCAUAAUGAUUUGAACAAUGUGUUUUCUGAGUGCCCUUCAUGUAUUAAUGGAUCUCUUACUCGUGCUCAGAAUGAUCUGGCCAAUGUGUUUCCUGAGUGCCCUUCAUGUAUUAAGGGAUCUCUUACACAUGCUCAGAAUGCUCUGGACAAUGUGUUUUAUGUGUAUUAAGUGGUUUCUGCAUUGUUUAACAAUUACUCAUAUUACUCUUCUCUGUUAAACAGAUAUAUAUAUAUAUAUAUA